UUUAAUUUUAAACAAGUUACAAUUACGAGUAAACAUCAUGUCUCCUGAAGACAGUACAACAUCUCUACCUUUGGUAAAAUCAACGUAUAAGAAUCUCUUUAUACUUGGUUUUGCAUUUUUUUGCAACUUUACAGCGUUUAAUGCCCUCAACAACCUUCAAAGUAGCAUACAUGAAGAUAAAAACAUCGGUUUAGCUUCACUGUCAGUCAUCUAUGCUUCAAUUGUCAUAUCGUGUUUGUUUAUACCCCCUGUCUUUAUCAAUAAAUGGGGAUACAAAUACACUAUUGUAUGUAGCAUAAGUGGUUACAUAUUUUACACUGUAGCACAUUUGUAUCCAACAUGGUGGCUGUUUAUGACAGCAUCAGUGAUUAUUGGUAUAUGUGCAGCACCUUUAUGGAAUGCCAAAGCAUCCUAUUUAACAACCAUGGCAUUGCAUCAUGCAUCAUCUGGCAAGAAAAAUAAAGACGCUGUCAUCACAAGUUUUUUUAGCAUAUUUUUUAUGACGUUUCAACUUUCUCAAGUCAGUGGGAAUUCAUUAUCAUCGUUAAUCUUAAAGGAAACGUUUGAUACAUCCAAUUCAACAAACGAAAGUUCUCUAUGUGGUUCUGCAUACUGCCCAUCUACACCGAUUGUUUCAACCAAUCAGCAAACAGAACACUCCACCGUUGUUACGCUCAUCGCAAUUUAUAUAGCAUUUGGUGGAACCGCAUUACUGUCCGUGUUGCUGUUCUUAAAUAAUAUUGAAAUGAAAAAUAAGGAAACAAAUUCUAAGAAUAUAAUUAAAAAAGCAUUUCAAAGUUUGAGAGACUGGAGGAUGGUGUUUCUAAUGCCUGUUUCAGCAUAUACCGGCAUGGCCAGUGGAUUCGUUUCAGCUGAUUUUACCGAGGCAUAUGUUACCUGUUCGAUUGGUAUACAAAAGGUUGGAUUGAUGAUGAUCACCUAUGGUGCAAGCAACGCAGCGUCAUCAUAUGUUGUGGGAGCUGUGACAAAGUUAGUCGGCCGACCUGCAGUGAUAUGUGGUGCGACGGUCUUCAACGUUGGAAUCAUUGCAUGGCUUCAUCAUUGGGAACCCGUUUUUUCACAUGUGUUCUUCCUUACUGCCUGUGCACUUGGAAUUAUCGACGCAGUAUGGCAGACACAAACUUAUGCCUAUUUCGGUAUCCUCUUUCAUUCAAACAAGGAGAUUGCAUUCUCUAUAAAUCAGUUAUUUCGAUCCUUUGGUAACACGGUUGCAUUUGCAUAUGGUGAUUACUUAUGUGUCUCACACAAACUUUACAUCUUGGUUUGCGUACUGAUUAUCAGUGUAAUUUUAUAUGGUGUGGUGGAAUUUACUGACAGAAAAAAGGUUGCAGCUCCUGAAAGAGAUUUCCUAUUAUAAAUAUUCACUUACUGCAGGUAAGAAAAUGAGUAUAGUUAUAAUUGGGAUUAUGCUCCAUCGUUUUUCCAUUCUGUGUGUUAUGCAGUGACAGAAUUUUAAGUUAACUUUGAAAGAGAACCUACUUAUUAACCAAGUUAAACCUCAUCUCAAUAGAACUAUUACAUCAUUGCCUUUGGAACUAUUCUACCAUGAAAUUGUUUAUAUUGUUCAUUAUUUUUUCAUUUUAUAUAAAUUCAUUUGUAUUUCUUUUUUUAAUAAAAAACCCUCGUGAACACGGUGUGCGAAAGCCACCGAAAAUUUGUGCAAUAAAUUAGAAAUGUCUUAAACGUAUUGUUUUUUU